AUGGCCAGGCUGCGGAAGAAAACGUGCAUAGCCCUGUUCUUAUUUACACUCUUCGUUUUCGGAACCAUGAUGGGUUUGAGACCUCUGAAGCCCAGCGAUGGGUUCUCGGACCUGGCCCCGGGGUUGGGCCACAUGCCGAUGAUUGGAGGAAGGAUGGACCGGCGCUCGGUGUCCCAAGACGCCGUCUCCUCCCCGGGGCAGGUGCGCGCCAAAGUAGUUUUAUCAAACUCUGGACCUGAUGGAACCAUAUUUUACGACGUCCACAUAUUUUACAGCGUGUGGUACGGGAACCCGUCGAUGGAUGGGAAAUACAUGCACUGGGACCAUGUCCUCGUGCCACAUUGGGACCCCAAAAUCGCCGCCAGUUACCCUAAAGGGAGGCAUAUGCCGCCGGAGGACAUCGGCUCCAGUUUCUACCCUGAGCUCGGUCCGUACAGCUCGAGAGAUCCGGAUGUAUUGGAGUCACACAUGGAGCAGAUUGGAGCAGCUGCUGCAGGGGUGCUGGUGCUGUCCUGGUAUCCUCCAGGCCUGGCCGAUGACAAUGGGGAGCCCACAGAGGACCUGGUGCCGGCCGUCCUAGACGCUGCUCACAGACACAACCUCAAGGUUGCAUUUCACCUCCAGCCUUACAGAGGGCGGAGCGACCACAGUGUCCAUGACAACAUCAAGUAUAUCAUCGACAGGUACGGGGACCACGGAGCCUUCUACAAGUUCACCUCUAGCACGGGGAAUAUCCUGCCUCUGUUCUACAUUUAUGACUCGUAUCUGACGCCGCCCGAGAACUGGUCCGACCUGCUCCACCCCACGGGCUCCCACAGCCUGCGCGGCACGCCGUAUGACAGUGUCUUCAUCGCCCUCAUCGUGGAGGAGCGCCACAAGCAUGACAUUCUUGCCGGUGGUUUCGAUGGCAUGUACACGUACUUCGCCUCCAACGGGUUCUCUUUUGGUUCAUCCCACCAGAACUGGAAGGCGGUCAAGGCGUUCUGCGACGGUAACAACCUGUUAUUUAUACCUAGCGCCGGGCCGGGCUACAUCGACACCGCGGUCAGACCGUGGAACAACCACAACACGCGCAACCGCGUCAACGGCCGCUACUACGAGACGGCCUUGCAGGCGGCACUGAACGUGCGGCCCGAGAUCGUCACGAUAACGUCGUUCAACGAGUGGCACGACGGCACGCAGAUUGAGAUGGCUGUGCCAAAAAAGACGGUGACCAGGCUGUAUUUGGAUUACCAGCCACACCAACCUGAGCACUACCUGGAGCUCACCAGGAGGUGGGCAGAGCAGUUCAACAAGGAGAAAGAGACAUGGCUCAUGUGA